UUUUUCUUCGUGGUCACGGUGCGCUGUAAAACCCGUAAAAAAUUGCAAAUUUAUUGAAAAAACUAACAAAUUUCGAGAAUGCGAAGUCCCUCGGCAGCAGUUUCGGCAAUGCGAAGGAUUUGUCUGAUAUAAUGACUGGCAGCUUUAAGGUGCAACUCAUCAACAUGGGCACUCGCGCUGCCGCCUUUCAGGCAAAAUUGAGAGCCCUUCAUGAAUACCAUGUACGUCUAUUGCACAAUGUCUUGCCUGCACCAUCUGGUGUUGAUAUUGCUAACAAUAUUAAAUACUUUUCUCAAACUCUACUAACUGUCCUUAAAGAUGUGCGCACUUCGCCACACGAUCUUAUACGCGAUCCUCUAGAAGAUCCCACACGCAUGUCUGCCUAUCCCAAUCUCGAAUAUGGCAAUCUCUAUAAUGCUUUAACUAUGCUCAUCGAUGUGGCACCUUGCAUCCAGUAUGGACAAAUCGUUUUCGGCAAAGCUCUACUCCAAUGUCUAAGCUGCAUUCUACCCUUCCUUGAUAAGGAUCUAAUCGAUAAUUUACCCUAUCUAGUAAGCUCUACUAUCUCUGUACUACCACCAGCAUUACAUCAGGAUAUUGUAAAUGCACUCUGUUACUAUAUCUUGCCAUUCACCAUCACCCGCCGCACUGCUGGCUCUGACGAGCAGGAAUGCCAGGCUUGUCAGUCGGUCUCUUCGGUCAUCAUGAUGGUGUUGCAGUACUCUAAUAAUCCAGCCCAUCAUUGUCAACUGCUCGAAUGUCUGAUGACUCUGAAGCACAAUGUGGUGAAGGACAUUCUUUGCGUUGUCGCUUAUGGCACUGCUGUCUCUCGCACCUCUGCGGCCAAACUGCUGUUCUACUACUGGCCUGCCUUUGAUGCCAAUCUCUUUGAUCGCAAGGUCUUGCUUUCAAAACUCACGAACGACUUGGUGCCCUUCACCUGCCAACGGGAGCAUUGUCCGAACGCUGGCAAUGCGGAGGCCGCCAAAGUCUGCUAUGAUCACAGCAUUAGCAUCACCUACGCCCCAGACUGUCCGCCCCCACUCUAUCUGUGCAUCGAGUGCGCGAAUGAGAUUCAUCGCGAGCACGCCAAUUUGGAGUUUGGCGACAUACUGCAUCCCAUGCAGCAGGUCUCUAUGGUGUGCGAGAACAAGAAUUGUCGCUCAAACGAAAAGUCCGCCUUCUCCAUUUGCUUCUCCACCGAAUGCGCCAGCUACAAUGGCAAUCAUCCCAUCCGAUACUGUGCCCAGUGUCACAGCAAUCGCCAUAACUCCCGACGUGGCGGCGAUCAUGUCGUUCAUCGCAGUCUGCAGCCAGCCUGGCAAAUGGAUCCCGAGAUGCAGAUGCAUAUGGUCGAGUGUGUGGUCAGUUUGUUGCGUGAGGCCAAGCCCCUGAAUUUCGAACCGGGCAAGGACUCCAGCGACGCAAAGAAGAAUGGCGGCACCGGCACUGCAGAUAAUAUUUCGCUCGAGGAACGCCAAAUGUUGGGUCGCUAUGGCAUCUGGUUGCUGGUCGGACGAUGCACACCCACGGCUGAUACGCCGGUCGAGGUAUUGGGACGAAUUCUGAGCAUGCUCUUCCAUUGGUUUCAUGUCACCGCCUAUUCCUAUGAUGCUGCCGGUCAGAUUGAGAGCACCAUUGAGAAGCUAAAAGUCGAUCAUGUUUGCAAUUGGCUGAAGGAGAUCUGUCGCAUACAUUACAACGUUUUCAUUGCCUGUCUGCUGCCGCAUCCACCGGAAUAUGCACGUGUCGGGGGACAUUGGGAGACUUUGGCCUCACGCACCAGUCACCUAAAAGAGGGUCUCCAACGUCUUAUUUGUCUGGUGCCCUAUGAGGUUAUAACGUCAGAAAUAUGGGACUACGUUAUGCCGCACUGGAUGGAGGCCAUAACCAACGAUGUGGCCGAAAAGGAGCUGAAUGAGCUAAAAAUUGUGCUGAGCAAAAUAUUGGACCCAGAGAUGUCGCCCCUGGGCUUCGAUGCGAAAACGAUGUACAAUUUUGUGGCCAUACGGUUUGAGAAGACAACGGCCAAGGUGCAACAACAGGCCUUGCAUUGGCUACAGAUUCUGACCAAACUGGAAAUAUUGAUACCACUGGUUCAGCUGUUUGCCAUGUUUGGCGAUGGAGUUCGUAUCAUGAAAUAUGGCAUACAACACGAGCUCAUGCGUGAGAAGGAGAAGGAGCCACCGUGUCCAACAGCCAAAGCUCCCAAAACGCCAUGCAAAGAAGCAAAGGCUGAUAUGGCGAAUCCACCCAGACGCAGUUCGAUUUCGCCCGUUGUGGAAGACGACUCUGGCAACACUUCGGCAAUAUCUGAUGAUGAGGGCCCCACUAACCGACACACUGAAUUCUCAACCGAUGCCGAGCACAAUCUCACCUGCUGCAUACUCAUGUUGGACAUCCUGCUGAAGCAAAUGGAGCUUCAGGAUGUGGAACAGCACAUGGGCAUACACACAAGUGUCUGCGAGAAUGUGUCGAGGCUGAUUAAGUGUAUGGUAACAGCAGCUCGGGUGGGUCUAAGCAGUCAUGUGUGUUCGCUGAAGGUUGCUGAAUGUGCUUACUGUGAGGCCUCGAUUAUGUGGCAUCAGCUUUCCACCAAAUUGGUACAGUUUAUGGCACCCCUGAACCCCGUUCGACCGCCCGAUGUACCUAUUGAGGACAUCAUUGAGGAAGAAAAGUCCUCACGUAAAUCACCACCCGAAUCGGAUAAGGAAAAAACCCGAGAGCGCGAUGUUUCGCUAUCUAUGGCACCACUUCCCAUACCACUCGGUCCACUCGGCGGUUUUGCAGAUAUCUUUAAGCUAGAUCAAUUCUUUUCAGACGAUGGAAAAAUUAUUAUAAUGGCAGGUCCAGUGCCGGUCGCCGUGCCCCAACCCGAGCCACAUUCCGUGGGUGGCGUUCUCGUACACAUGCCCCAUGUCUGUUCCAAUAACGAUAAUGGGCAUUCAGUUGAUAAUAUUGAAUUGAGAAAAGUUCACGCCACAGACGAGAUCAUGACGGCCACAGUAGAAACUGUUUCAGAGCAGCUGGAUUUGGCAUCUAUAUUGCCAUCUGAUCGAGCCAUAGCACGUUCCAUAACACUGUCCGAUGCCGAUGUGGGCAGCGCCAAUGUCAGCGUUACGAAAGCCUCGGUAAUGGGCGAGAAUGGUGUGAAUGGCAGCGGCGCUGGGGAAGAUGGCAGCGGCUCCGAUGACGAUGAAGAGGAGGAGGAUAGCGACGACUUUUGGCAUACAUCUGUGGGAAAAUUCAAAUUCACGCUCGAUCAGCUGCCCCAAACACUUCAGUACAUACAUCAGCUGCUAACAGAAAUACCCACUAUCAAGAAGCCAGAGAUUUUGUACUACGUACUACAAUGUCUGAAUACAAUGGCACUGCAUGGCGAUGCUUUGGCGAAGGCAGCUCGCGAACAGCGUGGCUUUUUCAUAUGGUGUCAGGAAAAUUUGCUGAUCAAAAAUUUGUGGGAGUUAUGCAAUGCCGAGCACUCGCACAUCUGUCAGGUGGGCGUGCCCUUGCUACUUCAUUGCAUUACCCUGCCGCUGGGCUCCGAUGUCUUCUGGCGUGUGGUCCAGGAGGCCUUUCAUGACACCGACUGGCGUGUGCGCUUCACAGCAGUGGAACGAGUAACCGUGAUUACACGUUUUAUGGAUUCGACGCCGUUGCGCACCGAAGUGGGCCUACAAACGGCCCUAGCCACUGCAUUCUGUCAUCUAAUCGCUAGCAUGGAUGACAUCAAUGUGUAUGUGGCACAGCGUGCCACGCUCUAUAUCGGAACCAUACAUGAUACGGCAAUACGGUCACUGCUCUUCUGCUUGGAGUCACAAUUCGAUCUAUUCAUUGUGGAUAGACCGGUGGUAUUACAAUCCGUUUAUCAGCUCCACAACUCCCUAUCCGAUCGCAAAAUGCUCAAUUGGGAAUUCUUUCUAAAUCGCUUUGAUACGCUUUUCGUCGAGGCACAAAUCAAUUUGGAGAAAUGUGGCGAUAUAUCAUAUUUGCGUGAUCUGCGCAACUCGGACAAUGGCAGCGAAGCAUUAUCGGCAAAAAUACUGAAAGCACGAGAGGCUCUCAGUCAGUCCGACACCAGUGGUAGUAUGGCCAAGACCCUGAGCGCCUCCUUUGGCACCAAAUGGCCCUACAAACGCACAAUGUCUGCACCAGCGAGCAUGGUACCGCGUCAGGACUCUAAAUUUGUGCCCGAAAAGGAGAAAAUUUACAGUCGUCAGGUGUCGGCGCCCAUACUUAAGCGGAAAACGUCGCGGUUCGGAUUGGGUCAGUUUUUAGGCAGUAGUAGUGGCAACCAAAGUACAGCAAAUACAGCUAGUCAUAGUUUGGCCACAACUGGCAACACGCACACCUUACAUACACGUGCCAAGGUCACACACCAGCCCUGUCCCGUACACCAGCCACAGAGCUUUCCAAGCACACAACACACCGCAUUCCUUUACCACCACCACCACCACACACAUGCAUCACACCAUCCACAACCACACCCACAUGUACUCCCACACCACCAAUAUCACCAGCAUCAUGCCGGUAGUAGUGCACAAGUAGCGACCACAUCAACGUUAUCCUCUACUCAUAGUCAAAGCCAUCAGUAUUUAGUGCAUUGUGUACCGCCUAGUCAAACGCAUCAUAGUCCAAUGCCGACGCUCCAAGAGGCUGAAAUAAUGCUGCGCUCCCAGGCAGCUCAGCAAACAUUCCAGACUUCGUCGACGACGCUCUCCCAACACCAGCAGGCAGAGCCACAACGAACAUCGGCAGUUGCAACACCAUCCAUUACUAUGAGCAGUACUAGCCACGCAGUUGCCACCUCUUAUCAUUCCCAUUUCCAAAAACAUCCUUCGGCACCAAAUCUGUUGCCGGCACAACCCGCAAUUGUGCCAGCGCCCAGUCCCAGUCCCUCGGCUCUGACAUUUCCAAUGCAUUGCACUUGUGAUGUUGCACCACCACCACAUGCAAUUACCAAUAGCAGCACUGCUGGCACCACAGGCACCACCGCCAACCCAGAUGGCCACAUCCACUCACUGGGCGGCCUGAAUGAUGACCAUCUGAUUGGGCUUCUAAGUCGCAUAACAGAGCUGGAGGAAUCGGAUCGUGAGACCAUACACUUGCUAGUAUUUUUAUUAAUGCAAUUUAUGUCACGGACGGAUCAGGCAUUUCCCUCGGAAGACAAGCCCGUUACCAGGACCCAGAAUAUUGUAUUGAAACAUUUGUUUUUGCUUUUGGGCCAUAAUCAAAUUGACAAGACAUUCCACACCUCGCCAGACUCCCUGCGCGUUUCUGCCGUCUUUAAUGCCUUCCUGGCCAACUUACCCCAAGUUCUGGAUCAGAAUCAUCUAAUUGGGGGCCUAAUUUUGCCUUCGGUCAUGCAAAUCAUAUUGUACGCGCCUAAUCCCACAAAUACGUCGGGCGAUUCGUAUCAAAACUUGGUAUUCAACUAUUCGCUAUGGCAUUUGGAGCAGUAUCCCCGUCGAAAUUGGCUCUUCACCCUGCUCGUAGUGCUCUACAAAUACUCAUACACACAGCCCCCACUCAGCGGCUAUGUGAUCUCGGCUAUACGCAUAAUUAUGAAUAGCAUGCGCGGACAUUUCCAUCAAUGCCGACGCAUACCAACCACCACGAUUUUGGAUAUACAGGGCGUGGGUGGAGCAGCACGGUCGCGGGACGUCAGCCAGCCUUCGCUGGGCACAGACCCGGAUGACAAGGAAGCCAGUCCGCCGGCGAGUCCCAUGUUUCCAUCCGAGGGCACCAGUGCAGCGUCCAAAAGCAAGGGACAGAAUGUGGCCUUCACACCGAAAUUGCAGCACGCUUUCCGCAAAUACAACGACUCCAGUCUGGAUGCUGAUGAAACGGAAUCGGAGCUGGUGGCCAUACCAGAAAGCGAUUUAUCUGACAGCACUCUCCACGGCAGCAGCGCCCCGGGCUCCUUUGAUGACACCAUACACUUUGAGGAUGUGAUGCCCGCCAAAUUGGAAACACUGCGCCAUCGCCGAGGCUUGGAAUACACCGAAGAGAAAUCCACCAAGGUACACAAAUCUAUGAUUACAACCAAAACUGGCGAUACAUAUACAACGAAAAUCAAGGCAACAACCAGUGAGACUGUCAGCACCACUGUUGUGACCACACACACUCGCCACAGCCUGCAGGAGGGUGUGCGUAUGAUUGUUACACCUUUGGUGGGCGCCGAGACCGCAGAGACGGCCAUCGUAAGUCCUCCGGUGGAUGUGCAUCGCGCUGUGACUGUGAGGAAUAAGUCGCUGGAGAAUGCGGCCGCCUCCACCUCGAAAAUGUUCGCAGCCAUUGCCACAAAUCAUCUGAAGGCACUGGGAGCUCUACAGGAAGUGCCCACGGGCAAGAUUAGCGAGGCUAAGGCAAGCGGUUCCAGUAGUGGCAGUCGCUCGACCACCAACGGCAGCAGCUCCGGCAGUGCUGGAAAGCCAACAACCACAGCUGCUGCUUCUGCUGCGGCGGCUGCUAGCAGUUCCAAGCCCAUUGGUCGGCACAAGACGAUUGUCGAGUGCAGCGCUGGCAAUUCAUCCUCAUCCAACACCACUUCUAAUGCAGAGGAGACGCGUCAUAAGAAAUCGCAAACCAAAUCCCUUAAGCGCUCGGACAAGACUUAUGGCUCGCCCGACUCGCCUCUCUCCAAGAUGAACGUCAUGCCCAAUCCGCGUGACGAGGCCGAUGCUGCCUUGUUGCCACCGCCCAAGAACAUUGCCCAGCUGGAGAUACCCACUCCGGAGCGUUUGCUGCCGAUUGGCACACAGGACUCAGUGGCCGCAUUGGUGGAACGUGUGCGCGAGGGUCUCCAUUUGCCCGACAUAAGUCACUUGAAGCAGGACAGCCUGGAUGUUUCCGAGAGCACCAAGGACGAUGUGACGCCCAGCAGUCGCACUGCAUCGCCGCGUCGUCUAAUCAAACAAGUCGCGCUCGAAUCACCGCCCAAUCCCAAUGCGCCUCAGCCCCAGAUUGCGCCCUCAACUGCGCAGUCCCAACAACAACCAGAUCUACACACCUCUAUCUUGAAGAAUGUCUCACAUGACCUAAGAAGUGGUGCGCAUGCGCCCGGACAUGUCAGUGAUCGCCAACAUGCGGCAGGCACCUCAGCCGCAACUGGCAGCAGUAUAAAGCGUCCCCGUCAGAAACUAGCGCCGUUCAAUGUGGACACAAAUGCCAUACCAGAUAUACGCUCCCGAUUUGCCGGAUCAUGGCCACCACCGCCCUUCCAACCAGCCGAGGAUAAUGACGACGAUGCCGACGAAGCACCAGAGACGGCCAAUGGACACACCUCACAGGCGGGCCCAUCAGCGCAGGCACAUCGCGGAAGCUCACGUCGCGUUGGCGACUAUACAGUGGUUGAGCGCUGCUCGGAUUGCGGCGCCGUAAUUGAAGAAUACACGGAUGAGGAGAUCGGCAUUUUGAUAGUCAUACUGGGAACGUUUAUACAUCGCGAGCCCGCUAUAGCAGCACCAUUUCUACCAGAGAUACUAACCAUGACAUCACGCAUAUGCCUAAGCUGUACACAUGCGUGGCAGGGGGAGAAUGGGCCGCCCCUGGCAAGCAGCGCCCAAGCUGUGGCUCUGCAAUUCAUACGCUGCGUUCUUCAUCAGCUGGCCCCGAAUGGCAUCUUCUCGCAGGUGUUCCAAACGCAAAUGAAAAUGAAAAUACGACACAAUCAUUUUCGCAGCAUUGCCAAAGCCUUGCAGGACUUUCAGGAUUUGAAUGCAACAAGUCCCAUUUAUAUGGUGUGCGAAUCGUUGACCUCCAAAAAGGCGCUACCGGUCGAACAGCUGCCGGUAAUCUUCCGAAAUAUGGCCGAGUACUUGCAAUGUGUGCCCGUCGAGGCGGGAGUGGGUCUGGCUGUCUGGUCGCAGGCAAUGCAGGCCAUGGAAUCGCUACUACGACAGGUUAUUGUCAUCAUGCCCAGUCUAAGCAAUCCUGAGUACUUGUUGGAUCUGAUUGCAUCCACAUUGCGUUUGAAUUGUGUGCCCAAAACACUGCUCGAUCCCUAUUCCAAAAUCAUGGCAUAUUGCGUGCAGCACACGAAUCUGGAAUACCAAACCAUUUACGAUCUGUGCACGCUGAAUACACGCUCCUUUAAUAAGGAUCGCGACAAAAACUUGCUCUGCCGUCAAAUGAUCUACGAAUUUGUCCAGGCCCUUAAAUUUAAAUCCAACAUACCUGAUCAUAAUCUGCUGAUGAUCAUUGGUUUUGUUCUGCUCGAUGCCGGUGGCACUUUGCCGCCAGGAGCCCUGCCUGGUCUGCCAGAGACGGCACCAGCCUUGACCACAAAUGCCGCCGACUGCUUAAGGCAGUACAUUAGUAACGACGUCAUCGAUUUUCUAGCUGAUUUUCAUACGCUCAGCAAAAUUAAGAAUUUCAAGAAUGGACAAACCUCCAAUGGCUUGGGUGAAGAUACCCUCGGAGGCGUGUUGAAGGGUGCCGUGGCGCAAUAUUUGGCGCUGGAAAUGUCGCGCGGGAAUUCGCGAGACAACAGGGCAGUCACACGCUAUCUACCUUGGCUCAACAAUGCUCCUUCCUCGUUGCAGCAAGGACCGAAGGAGUUUACUGAGUGCGUGGGGCAUAUGCGUCUGCUAUCGUGGCUGUUGCUCGGCUCACUCACACACAUGGCUCUGAUGCAGCGACGCGCGGAAACCCAAGCCCUGCCACCACCCACACCACCCCCGCAGCAGCAAGGACAACCACCAGCGCCUAGCGUUCACUAUCAACAUCAGGGAGUAACCUAUUCGCAGCCUGUGCCUCAGGAGGCCAGUUGCCACAUAGCCGAUCACAUCCAAGUCAUAUUCGCUGGCUUCGCCGAGCAAUCGAAGGCUUCCGUCCUGCACAUGUCAUCGCUGUUUCAUGCCUUCACCCUUUGCCAAUUGUGGACUGUCUAUCUGGAGCAAAUGGCGCACAAUACCAACAGCAAUAUCGAGGGCAGCACUUUGGGUGUACUGUUCGAGUUCUGGGCCAAGGUUACUCCGUGCAUUCUACAGUUGGUCUCACAUGCCAAGCCGGCCAGCAAGGACAUGCAUGCACAGUCCAGUGCCGACUUUCAAACCCAGAGCGCCAAUGCUAAGCUGUCCGAAAUGGUUAAUUUGCACUUUUUGAGUCUAUUGGAGGCUCUCAAAGAAACCAAUUCCACGGUGCUCGGCAAAUUGCUGCCCAUGUGGAGUCCGGUGCUGUCCUCACAAACGCAGCUAUCGGAUACUUUGCACGUGCGUUUACAAAAUGUACGCGAUUAUGCACCCGACUAUGAGGAACAACAGGCACAUAAGUCGGAAGCUCUACUCAAAUGGCUGCAACGCCUCCAGUUUAAAAUGGGCCAGAUAGAGCUGCAAGCCUCGACAGCCACACAGUUCUAUUCGAUUUAA